GAGCUUCAAAUGGCGGUGCAAUGUGUGACCAAAGUGGAGCUGAGCAUUUCCUGCGACAACCUUCUAGAUAAGGAUAUUAGUUCCAAAUCUGAUCCUUUGUGUGUUCUCCAAAUGAACACCAGUGGCCAGCAAUGGUUUGAGGUUGAUCGCACGGAACGGAUUUCCAAUUGCUUAAACCCAAAGUUUGCAAAGAAGUUUGUGAUUGACUACUACUUUGAAGUCGUGCAGAAAGUGAAGUUUGCCGUUUAUGAUAUUGACAAUAAAACCUACGAUCUGGGAGAUGAUGAUUUCUUGGGAGAGUGUGAAUGCACCCUGGGACAAAUCGUGUCUAGCAAGAGACUGACCAAACCGCUUGUAAUGAAAAAUGGCAGACCAGCAGCCAAAGGAACAAUAACGAUAUGUGCGGAAGAGAUUAAGGAUAACAGAAUAGUACAGUUUGAAGCGGAAGCAAGAAAAUUGGACAAUAAGGAUUUCUUUGGAAAGUCGGACCCUUACUUGGAGUUUUACAGACAGGGGGAUGAUGGAAGAUGGCAGAUGGUCCACAGGACAGAAGUGGUCAAGAAUAAUCUGAAUCCUGUUUGGAGACCUUUCAAAAUACCACUGCGGUCCCUCUGCAAUGGGGAUAUGGAGAAGCCAAUACGGGUUGAAUGUUAUGACUAUGACAGUGAUGGAUCACAUGACCUCAUCGGAAUCUUCCAGACCAACAUGUCUAAGCUAAAGGAAGCAAGUCGUUCGAUGCCAGUGGAAUUUGAUUGCAUAAAUGAGAAGAAGAGACAGAAGAAGAAAAAAUUACAGGAAUUCUGGGGUCGUCAUGUGAAACAUUGUCAGAUCACCAUAGAAUACACCUUCCUGGAUUUUAUAAUGGGUGGAUGUCAGAUGAAUUUUGUUGUUGGCAUUGACUUUACUGGAUCCAAUGGUGACCCUCGCUCUCCCAACUCUCUGCACUUCAUUAGUCCUAAUGGUGUCAAUGAAUAUCUGCAUGCCAUCUGGUCUGUAGGUUUGGUCAUUCAGGAUUAUGACGCAGACAAGAUGUUUCCAGCUUUUGGUUUUGGGGCCCAAAUACCACCCACGGGACAGGUUUCACAUGAGUUCCCAAUAAACUUCAACCCAUCAAAUCCUUACUGUGCUGGAGUUGAGGGGAUAGUAGAUGCGUAUCGCAGCUGUCUUCCUCAAGUUAAACUGUACGGCCCAACCAACUUUUCUCCAAUUAUUAACCACGUCGCUGCAUUUGCUGCAGCUGCAACUCAGCAAAAGACUGCUUCUCAAUACUUUGUCCUGCUGAUUAUCACUGAUGGGGUGAUAACAGAUCUUGAUCAGACGCGACAUGCCAUUGUUAAUGCUGCCAAGCUUCCGAUGUCCAUCAUCAUAAUUGGCGUGGGAGGGGCCGACUUCAGUGCCAUGGAGUUUCUGGAUGGUGACAAUGGAGGUCUCCGAUCACCUACUGGAGAGAUGGCGAUAAGAGACAUUGUGCAGUUUGUGCCAUUCAGGAAGUUUGCACAGGCUCCCAAGGAAGCCCUCGCUCAAAGUGUUUUGGCUGAGGUUCCCCAGCAAGUUGUCUCUUACUUCAGCAUGUACAAACUAAAGCCUCCCAACGAUCCAGCAGCUAAUUAA